AAAGUUAGCCCAGCCUCCCGUGCGGCCAUUGGCCAAGCCCGUGGCUGGCCAGGCCGAGAUGUGCUGCAAUUGGUCACCACAUGUGCCGGUAACUCGCUCUUGCGGCUUUGGCUCCCCCCCAACCAUAGAUGUCAAAGGCUGAAGCUGCUCCCUUUGCCACAUUAUAACUAGUAGGGGAUCCUCACCGACCAUGGCCACAGCUGCCUCGAAUCCCUACAGCAUUCUCAGUUCUAGCUCCCUAGUCCACGCGGACUCUGCGGGGAUGCAGCAGGGGAGUCCUUUCCGAAACCCUCAGAAACUUGUCCAAAGUGAUUACUUGCAGGGAGUUCCUAGCAAUGGGCAUCCUCUUGGGCAUCAUUGGGUGACCAGUCUGGGCGAUGGAGGCCCAUGGUCUUCCACACUGGCCGCCAACCCUCUGGACCAGCAGGACGUGAAGCCCGGACGCGAAGACCUACAGCUGGGUGCGAUCAUCCAUCACCGCUCACCGCACGUCGCCCACCACUCUCCGCACACUAACCAUCCGAAUGCCUGGGGGGCUAAUCCGGCUCCGAACCCGUCCAUCACGUCAAGCGGCCAACCCCUUAACGUGUACUCCCAGUCGGGCUUCACUGUGAGCGGCAUGCUGGAGCACGGAGGGCUCACUCCACCGCCGGCCUCCGCCUCCGCACAGAGCCUACACCCAGUGCUCCGGGAUCCCCCAGACCACAGCGAUCUAGGCUCGCACCACUGCCAGGACCACUCGGACGAGGAGACACCAACCUCGGAUGAGUUAGAACAGUUCGCCAAACAGUUCAAACAAAGAAGAAUCAAAUUGGGCUUCACGCAGGCCGACGUGGGGCUGGCGCUAGGCACACUGUACGGCAACGUUUUCUCACAGACCACUAUCUGCAGGUUCGAGGCCUUGCAGCUGAGCUUCAAGAACAUGUGCAAGCUGAAGCCGCUGCUGAACAAGUGGCUGGAGGAGGCUGAUUCGUCCACUGGGAGCCCGACCAGCAUUGACAAAAUCGCUGCUCAGGGCCGCAAGCGCAAGAAGCGAACCUCCAUCGAGGUGAGUGUCAAGGGCGUACUGGAAACGCAUUUCCUCAAGUGUCCCAAGCCUGCCGCGCAGGAGAUUUCCUCGCUGGCAGACAGCCUCCAGUUGGAGAAAGAAGUGGUGCGUGUCUGGUUCUGUAAUCGAAGACAGAAAGAGAAAAGAAUGACUCCACCAGGGGAUCAGCAGCCACAUGAGGUUUAUUCACACACCGUGAAAACAGACACGUCCUGCCACGAUCUCUGACUGCAGGAAGCAAGGAAGCGGCCGGCCGCACUGGGAGCAGCGCGCAUUUCUUUCUCUCCCACUCUCUUCCUUUCACUUCAGCUUUAUUAUUGCUAUCUAGAGAGAUAGCAAUAGCUAGAUAUAAAGAUAGGGCUCUUCAGUCUCUCAUCUUUUUUCUUCCUUUUUUUUUUUUCAAUAGGGGAUUCUAACUUAUACUAAGAAAGGAAACACACUCACACACGCAUUCCAGCUUCUCAAGGCUGAUAUACAGUAGUGUUAAGCAGUUCAGGAGGGGACCUCACAUACCCUGCCGCCAGGGCGACUGUUUCCUCCAACCUUUUCUGCUGAUCAAAACAUAUUGUUUACUUUGAGUAAGGUUUGUUUGG